AUGUCGUCGACUUCAGUAGCAUCACGAGACCAAAUAUAUUCGGCGAAGUACUCUGGGGUUGAAGUUUAUGAGUUUAUUCACCCUACGGGGUCCAUAAUGAAGCGGAAGGCUGAUGAUUGGGUAAAUGCGACACAUAUAUUGAAAGCCGCCAAAUUUGCAAAGGCUAAAAGGACUAGAAUUUUGGAGAAGGAGGUAAUAAAGGAUAUACAUGAGAAGGUUCAAGGUGGGUUUGGGAAAUAUCAGGGGACUUGGGUUCCUCUAGAUAUUGCACGUCGAUUGGCGGAAAAGUUUGAUGUGCUUGAGGAGCUAAGACCGUUGUUUGACUUUAGUCAACGAGACGGGUCUGCAUCUCCUCCACAGGCCCCUAAGCAUCAUCAUGCAUCGAGAUCUGAUUCGACCAAGAAGGGUACUGGCAAGAGCCCGUCAGGUGCUUUGAAUAAUGCAUCUGGUUCUGUUAUUCCUAAACGUAGAGGUAGGCCACCAAGAAGCAAAAAAUUGGACAGGAUUCCGGCUUCUGGUGAUGCUGCGUUGCAAAGGUCUCGGAGCGACGUGACGGGAUUUCACAAGCCUUCGAUAACAAUCUCUACGAUAUCUUCUCAUAAUCUACCUUCGAUACAGUCCACUUUACAACGAGGUGUAAAUAUAGAUGAACAACAGCAUUACCAAGACAAGUUACAACAACAGAUAUCUCAGCAGAAAUAUGAAGAAUUGGAUAUUGAGGACGGCUUAUCCAGUGAUAUAGAGACGAAUUUGGCUUACAUUGCAGAGGGCCCGGUUGGUAGCAAUAGGCUAAAUACACAGUUGAUGACAGGUAAAGAAGAGCCUGUGUCUUCCUCCUCCUCGUUACCUUCAUCCCCGAGUGAUUUUUCAGCCCCAGUACCAUUUGAUACACAACGUGUAGGCAGUGCCACUUCUCCAAUUGGAGCCAUGCUCCCGCGCUACUCAAUGCAAUCUAGACCACCUACAUCAGAUUUAGACCAAAAGGUAAAUGACUACUUGGCGAAGCUAGUGGAUUAUUUUAUAAAUUCUGAAAUGCAAAAUACCAACGCUGUACCGAUAGAACUACUAAAUCCUCCACAUUCAACCCCUUACAUUGAUGCUUGGAUUGAUUCAGAACAUCACACAGCGUUUCAUUGGGCGUGCGCAAUGGGAAAUUUACCAAUUGUUGAAGCUCUAUUACAAGCUGGUGCCAGUCAUCGAGCUGUUAAUCACGCAGGAGAAACGCCGUUAAUGAGAGCUUCAAUGUUUCACAACAGUUACACGAAACGCACGUAUCCUCGUAUAUUUCAACUAUUACAGGACACUGUUUUUGACAUAGAUUCUCAAUCGCAGACAGUUGUUCAUCAUAUUGUGAAGAGAAGAUCUAAUACGCAAUCUGCACUUUACUAUUUGGAUGUCCUAUUAUCGAAAAUCAAGGAUUUUUCCCCACAAUAUCGUAUCGAAACUCUAAUUAAUACCCAAGAUGAUAAGGGCAAUACGCCUUUGCAUAUUGCUGCAAUCAACGGAGACAAGAAGUUUUUUCAGACCCUUUUAGGAAGUGGUGCUCUAAGUACACUUAAAAACUAUGAUGGAGUAACGGCGGAUGUGUUCAUUAAUAAUAAAUUUUCCAGGACUUUAAACUAUUCGGAGCAUUCAUAUCACUAUGGAAAUGGGACGACACAUUCGCCUGCAUCAACAUCAACGGGUGCAGUGAUAACCGGACCAGCAGGUGCAGCGGCGGCAUCUGCAUCUGCCUCUUUUAUUCAUACUGGGGAUAUGUUUCCUUCACAGGCGGCUACGAGUGUUUCAAGGGCAAUACCGGAAGUAAUAAAUUUAAUGAAAGAUAUGGCGGAUUCAUAUCAAGGGUUAUAUCAAGAUAGGAGCCAAGAAUUACAGAGCAUAAAGAAGAUGUUGAAGAGUAUGAAUAAUACUGUGGCCUCUGUUGACAUAAAGAUAUUGGAGACUUUAGAUAUAAAGAAAUAUGAACAAAUUGGGCAAACCAUGGAAGACAUAACUCAAGCGAUCGAUGAGCUUCAAUCACGAUUUACCGUGAAACAAAAAUGUCUUAUGAAUAUAUUAGAGAAGGGACAAAGAAUUCAGCUACAGAGGUUAAUAAAUGAACAAGAACAGGAGAUAGAUAAACAUCAAGAGGAAUCAGAAAGUAAAUCUGGCCCUUCCAUUAAUCCAAAUCUAAUUACUGGUAUCAAGGAAUUGGCAAUACUGCAGUUGAGACGCAAAGCAAAAAUAAAACAGAUGCUAGAAUUAUUAUGCGGUAAUUCUAAAGUUCAAAAAUUUAGAAAAAUGAUAUCUCAAGGGACAGAUAUGGAAUUGGAUGAAGUAGAUAACUUUUUGGAUGUUAUAUUGCAACAGUUAAAUGACGAUAACGAAGCUAAAAAGAUUAAUAAUCCCAAUGGGGUGACAUGA